GUCGAGAACAUUCGACAGCCGGAUUAAAAGCCCGCCAACCGGCAUUGUGCGAGCAUUCAUUCGGAUACUUGCGCUCUGUACCCGACGGAAUCUGCGCUCAAGAUGCCCGAAGAAGUGCGCAUGGAGGAUGCCGCCGGCGAGGCGGAGACCUUCGCUUUCCAGGCGGAGAUCGCUCAGCUUAUGAGCCUGAUCAUCAACACCUUCUACUCCAACAAGGAGAUCUUCCUCCGGGAGCUCAUCUCCAACUCGUCCGACGCUCUGGACAAGAUCCGCUACGAGUCUCUCACAGACCCGACCAAGCUGGACGCCCAGAAGGAGCUCUUCAUCAAGAUCAUCCCCAACCGCGAUGACCGGACCCUGACCCUCAUCGACACUGGCAUUGGCAUGACCAAGGCCGACCUUAUCAACAACUUGGGCACAAUCGCCAAGUCCGGCACCAAGGCCUUCAUGGAAGCGCUGCAGGCCGGCGCCGACAUCAGCAUGAUCGGCCAGUUCGGUGUGGGAUUCUACUCGGCGUACCUGGUCGCCGACAAGGUGACUGUCACGUCCAAACACAACGACGACGAGCAGUACACGUGGGAGUCGUCCGCCGGCGGUUCCUUCACCAUCCGUACGGACAACUGCGAACCGCUGGGACGCGGCACCAAGAUCGUGCUCCACCUCAAGGAAGACCAGACUGAGUACCUCGAGGAACGCCGCAUUAAGGACGUUGUGAAGAAGCACUCGCAGUUCAUCGGCUACCCCAUUAAGCUGCUGGUCCAGAAAGAGCGGGAGAAGGAAGUCUCGGACGACGAAGAGGAGGAGGAAAAGGAGAAAAAGGAAGACAAGGAGAAAGAGGACGAGGCCGUCGACGAGGAAGGCAAGCCCAAGAUCGAGGACGUGGACGAAGAGGAGGAGGAAAAGGACAAGAAGAAAAAGAAGAAAAUCAAGGAGAAGUACUCGGAAGAUGAGGAGCUGAACAAGACCAAGCCCAUCUGGAUGCGCAAUCCCGACGACAUCUCUCAGGAGGAGUACGGCGAGUUCUACAAGUCCCUGACGAACGACUGGGAGGACCAUCUUGCCGUCAAGCACUUCUCGGUUGAAGGGCAACUCGAGUUCCGCGCCCUGCUGUUCGUGCCCAAGCGCGCCCCGUUCGACCUGUUCGAGAACCGCAAGCAAAAGAACAACAUCAAGCUCUACGUGCGUCGGGUCUUCAUCAUGGAUAACUGCGAGGACCUGAUUCCCGAGUACCUCAACUUCGUCAAGGGCGUCGUGGACUCUGAGGACCUCCCGUUGAACAUCUCCCGCGAGAUGCUCCAGCAGAACAAGAUCCUGAAGGUGAUCCGCAAGAACCUGGUCAAGAAGUGUCUGGAGCUGUUCGACAGUGUCAGCGAGGACAAGGAGAUGUACAAGAAGUUCUACGAGCAGUUCAGCAAAAAUAUCAAGUUGGGCAUCCACGAAGACUCUCAGAACCGCAAGAAGCUCGCGGAGUUCCUCCGCUACUACACGUCUGCCUCGGGCGACGAAACUUGCUCCCUCAAGGACUAUGUGUCCCGCAUGAAGGAGAACCAGAAGCACAUCUACUUCAUCACAGGAGAGUCAAAGGACCAGGUGGCCAACUCUGCCUUCGUGGAGCGUGUCAGAGAGCGCGGCCUGGAGGUGAUCUACAUGAUCGAGCCGAUCGACGAGUACUGCGUUCAACAGCUUAAGGAGUACGAUGGCAAGACCCUGGUCUCUGUGACCAAGGAGGGCCUUGAACUUCCCGAAGACGAGGCGGAGAAGAAGCGGCAGGAGUUGAACAAGAACAAGUUUGAGAACCUCUGCAAGCUCAUGAAGGACAUCUUGGACAAGAAGGUGGAGAAAGUCAUCGUGUCUAAUCGUCUGGUCAAGUCUCCCUGCUGCAUCGUCACGUCUCAGUACGGCUGGACUGCCAACAUGGAGAGGAUCAUGAAGGCCCAGGCACUGCGGGACUCUAGCACCAUGGGCUACAUGGCGGCCAAGAAGCACCUGGAGGUGAACCCAGACCACCCGGUCAUGGAGACCCUGCGGCAGAAGGCGGAUGCUGACCGCAACGACAAGGCGGUGAAGGACCUGGUCAUGCUGCUCUUUGAGACUGCGCUCCUCUGCUCCGGGUUUGCCUUGGAGGAUCCCCAGCUCCACGCGGACAGGAUCUACCGGAUGAUCAAGCUCGGUCUUGGAAUUGACGAGGAUGAGGUUGCGGGAGCCGGAGACAACACUGCUGCCGCGCCUGCCGGCGAGGACAUGCCGCCCCUUGAAGGCGACGAGGAGGAUGCUUCCCGCAUGGAGGAAGUGGAUUGAAAACUUCAACCCAGAGCAAAAGAAGAGAAGGAAAAUUCCAGCAGGACUGGUCAACUCACAUUAUCAUUACCCUGUACAGCCAUUCCUUUGCCUAUCCCUCUUUGGGGGAGGUAUUGUGUGCCAGAGUUCUUUGUGUGAAUGUUUCAUUAAAUUAAGUUCGUUCCCCGGU